AAUUGAGAGAAAGCAAGUAGAGAGCAAAAUAGGAGGAAAAGAGCAUCAAUGCAAUCCCAUCCUAUGCUAAGGCACUACACCACUAGAAGUGCAGCAAUAGCCGCAGCAGCUGCACUUCUCCCCUUCAACUCUCUCAAACCCACCAUUUCAAUCACCCCCUUUUCUUCUUCUUCUUCCGCCAUGAAACCCACCUUCACCACCAAUCAACAACCCUCUUCCGUCGUCUCCAAUCUCACCUUUUCUCUCUCCUCCGCAACCCCACCUAAUUGCUUCUCUGCUGCCGAUUCAUUCAACUCGGAACUCGCUGCUUCUGAUUCGAUCGAACCCAGUUCAUUGCUCGUUGUUGUCUCCUUUUACAAGUUCGCUGAUUUCCCUGAUCAUGCCGAUUUUCGCUACCCCAUUAAACGUCUUUGUGAAGAAUUGCGUGUUUCAGGUGGUAUCAUUCUUGCACCAGAAGGAAUAAAUGGGAGCAUAUGUGGUACCCGUGAAGCUGUAGAACGUGUUCUUGAAUUUAUUCAAUCUGAUGAACGUUUGAAAGGCCUAAGGCAGAUUGAGUCUCCUGUGACUCCGGAAGAUGAAGCAAUACACCAUGGACAUACAAGCAAAUCUCCUGUUGGAGCUGGAGAAGACGCACCCUUCCGAUGGGAUCAUGUUAGGGUCAAGCUAAAGAAAGAGCAGAUAGUCUCCCUUGGAAUGCCUAGUGUUCUUCCUACAGAGAAGGUCGGAACCUACAUUAGCCCUAAAGAGUGGAAUGAAUUGAUCAGCGACCCAAACACGGUGGUCAUCGAUGUGCGCAACACCUAUGAAACCAGAAUUGGAAAAUUUAAAGGAGCAGUUGAUCCUUGUACAACAGCCUUCAGAGAAUUUCCUACUUGGGUGGAAGAUAAUUUUCAACUGGCUGGUACAGACAGUCUUCCAUCCCAGGAGGUGCCAGAAAACAAGAUAAGUAAAAGCCAAGAGGAUACUGAAGGUUGCAACUCUCCACCUCGUGUUGCCAUGUACUGCACUGGUGGGAUACGAUGUGAAAAAGCUUCUAGCUAUCUCUUAAGUAAAGGUUUCAAAGAGGUUUAUCAUUUGAGAGGGGGGAUACUAAAGUAUUUGGAGGAAGUUCCACAAUCUGAGAGUCUAUGGGAGGGAGAAUGCUUUGUCUUUGACAAACGGGUCUCAGUGGAUCAUGGUUUGGCCCAGGGCACUUUCAAACUCUGUUAUGGCUGCAAGCAACCUGUCAGUGAUGCUGAUAUGGAGUCCCCUAAAUACGAGUAUGGUGUAUCUUGUCCAUACUGUUUCUCGACAAAAUCAGAAGAAGAAAAAGAGAGAGCACGAGCUCGACAAAGGCAAUUUGAGGUUUGGGGUGUCAUCGGUGGUCCUGACAAGGGUCGUCGACCAACACAAAGUACAAACGAGCCACAAAGUGAUAGUAGUCCUCAUAUGUCAAAAUCAGUAUAGUUUAUCCGGAAAUAUGGAGUGAAGGAGACGUGUAGUUUCUAGUACCUCUUUGGUUUCUCAUUCUUCCAUCUUUCAAUUUUGUAAUACUAGUACUAAGCUUUUUUAGCCUACUUGGAAUAGUAAGCAAAUGUUUGUCUGCUUAUUGAAUUAGACAAGUAAGACUAAGUGUAACAAUUAAGCUAAGAGCACAGAUUUUCUCCAAAAGGAAGGGUGUUUGACGGUUAUUCUUCAUUUUGGGAGGCUAUUAACAUCUUGACUUAGUCAAUUUGUAUUGCAUUUUGGACUUUGAAUGUUAUUUAACUUAUUUUGCAAAGUACAAAGAAA